AUGCCCAUCCCACUGCUCCCGCUGCUGCUGCGAACGCUCAUGUCCCACCUGCUGCUGCCUGCCACCCGCCUGGCCCGCCGGCACCUCCUGCCCCUGCUGCGCCGGCUGGCCCGCCGCCUGGGCUCUCAGGACGUUCGAGAAGCUUUGCUGGGCUGUCUGUUGUUCAUCCUCAGCCAGAGCCGCCCGCCUGACGCUGAGGAGGUCUCCAGAGUGGCUGGCCAGGAGAGGAGGGAGAGGCUAGCUUCCCACAAACGAGGCUGCGAUCCCUGAUAUUCGCUGUGUCAUCAGAAGCCGUUCUUCUGGAGCAAGACAGUCCUGGCCCCACCACUGAGCACAGCCUACCCAGUGUGCAGAAGACAUGGGGGGGGGGGCGCGGACCGAGCACAAAGAGGGGUCUGACCGGGAAUGCAUCCACACUCCCAACAGGAAUGACUGGAAGGAUGCCCAGCAUCUACAGAAAACUGAUCAUGGCCUGUCCCUGCAUUUCUCCUCCCAAGACACCUUUCC